ACAUCCCUAAAGUAAAGUUUUAACUAUAAAAGAAAAUUAUUCAAAAUAUAAUACAGCCAAGUUUGUUGAAAAAGUGGACAAUGCUUUGGAAGACCCUGGUUUACAUACAAAGUUUGUCACAGAGAAAACCGUUUUCUAGAGAACUUCUUUUGAUUUUGACUGUCUUGGAUGGUCAUGAGGUUUGAUAUCACACAUGAGACUCAACUUCUCUUGUUUAAUCUUAGACCAUACAGUUCCCUGAACGGAGGCAUUGAAUGGUUGUCUGUGUUGUGAAAUCAUCUGUAACUCUUUGACCGGGCUUUAUCCACAGCCUCACAUAAUCAAACAACUAAAACACAAUCAUGUAGACACACUGUGUAUCAAACUGGUGAUAUCAUUUUUUUUUGUUUGUUUGUUUUGUUUUGUUUUUUAAUAAUAUAGAAUCAAUAAUAAAACUUACAAAUGACCUCUACUUCCAGAGAUAUUUUCUUUUAUUUAGACUAAAGUGCUUUUUUAUUAAACUAGGUCUGGUUCUAACAUUUUAGGGUCUGCAAACAGAGAAAAUGAAAACAGUUUUUUAUAUGACAGUCAAGAUAAAUAUGUCUGGUAUUGCAGACAAAGUCUCAAUUAUCCAGAGAGACUUCAGUUUGAUGAUUUUCUUCUGUCUGUGAGGAAGCUGAUUCACUGUGAUUCCACCUACCUCUUUAUUCUGCUGUUUUUCCCCUCGACUUGUCCCUACUUGUUCUUAAAUUAACUUCAUACACAAUGCGCAUGAGUGUGUGAGUGAGCAUGCAUAAAAAAGAAGUGCAUUCACGUGUUUCUGUCUAGGCUCUGUCUGCACGUAUGCGUGUUUGCCUUUGCAUUUAGUGUGUGUGUCUCCACACCAACACAGCACACCACCAACCACAGGAAGAGUGGGAGAACGAGAGGAGAGGAGGGUGGUUAACCUCAUGACUUCACAAGCUGUGGAGGGAUUGGCUCCAGCUGGAAGAUAGGAGGGUUUAAAAGACAUCCAGGAGCUCCCCUCUCAACAUCAGCCUUUCUGGACAGCCAGUAAUUCAGAGAAACCCCGGAGCUGAGGUGAAGACGUCCAAGAGUUUCUGCUGCAGCUGCUGAACUCCAGAAAACUUCUUCAUCUGCAAGAAAGUGCUGGGAAGGAACUCCAACACAAUGAAAGUGACUGUUAUUUUCGUUUUGCUCUUCGCCACGGUCAUCUGUCGGCCGGCAAGAAAAGUCAGCAGUUCAGACAGUUCUGAAGAAGUUGUGAGAAGACCAGCUCUAAGAAAACAAGCUCUAGUAGCUUCAAAGACUCGAGUAACACCUGCCCAGAAGGUGGUGGCAGCACCUGUGGAUAAAAGCCUGGAGACUUCAGAAGAGGAGGCAGUGGGUCCCCAGGCUGCUGUGGAAGUUAAAGCUGGCAUGUUAGACAUGGUUGCUCCCACAGAGACUCCUACUGUGGACAGCGAUGAGAACGAAGACGAUGACGACGAUGAAACAGAAGAGGACGAAACAGAAGAAGAGAAAGACGAAAGCACAGACGAAUCAGACUCAGAGUCAGGAGAGUCUUCCACCCACUCUCCUAGCACUGUCACCCCCGUGAUCGUGACGGAGGAGCCUGCUGUUGAGACCACUGUAGACACCAUCUUGCCCACUAUCAUUACUGACCCGGAUUCAGGCCGUGGUGACAACAUUGGAGGCUACCCCAGUGACUACAAGUCUACCGUUUAUGUGGAAGAGAAGUCCUAUCACAAAGUUCCUGCUCCCUAUAAGUCCUAUGGGUAUGUGGACUCAGGAAAAAAGACGGCUUAUGACGACAUUCAUGGCAAUGAGGUGGAAAAAUCACCAAAAGUCUACAAGCAGGCUUUUCAGAUCCAAACAGACUUUCUGGAAGAGGACACCAGCACCCCUGAAGUGGAGACCCAGGGCCUGGACGUGUCCUCCAGCAUAUCUCAAGAUCAGGACAGGAGCCACCGCCAGACAAUACUCCCUGAGGAGGAGGAGACUGCUGGCACCAGUGAUACCCCAGCCAAUGAGAGUGAAAGCAGCAGCACUCCACAGGAGGAAGAGGAGGAGGAGAGCGCCAGUAGCAACAUUUCCAGUGCCAGCCAGGAGGCAGAAGAAGAGGAAAGUGAAAGCAGCGAGGAGGCUACAGCUACUCCAGGGGCCGCAGACAGCGACUCAGAUGAAGAUGACAGUGAUGAGAGCGACUCCGAUGAGGAGGUGGUGGGACCUGUUGUCACCACUGAGAUGCCUUUGGUGAUCACUGCCAAAUAAGCCCACCCACCCAAGGUGAGGUGUGACUUUCAGAGACAUGCAGCAGGUGCAAAAAUCCCUGUUGGAGCCAGUUUUUCUGCAGAGUCGAACAGAGAAAUCCUCAGCAUUAUUGUCAUAGACCUGAACACGUUCAGCCAGUAUUUAAGAGAUUUGUUCUUAUUAUUUUAGAAGUAAUUGGUUUUCUAAUAUGAACUAUCCCUACGAUAUUGAGAGCUCCACCAGCACUAAGAUUCCACAUUUAUCUGCUUAGUAAGAUAAAGGUGAUUUUCUUUUGAAAUGCUACCUGCACCAAGUGGUGAACUCCUCCAGCUUUUUUUCUCCUGAUUUUGUUACUGCAGAUUUGUGGAAUCAAACCUCAAAACAAAGGGGCAAAGUCCCCCAACUUGUAUUUCAUCAUCAAUUACGGUCUGGUACAUUGAAGAGCUUUGGUUUUAUGUUUAUGAAAUACAGUCAAAACCCUUCAGUGCAUGACAGGAUUUGAACUUGACUGUAGGCCUUCAGCUUUCCUCACUAAUCACAAUGUUGCUGUUGUAGCAAAAAUACAUUAGAACUAGUUUGAUUUGCACCGUUCCUGCAGGUACUGAGACCACAUGCUGUUACAUCAAUGUUUUUACCGUAAUGUAUCAUAAUGUAUCAUUUAUAUAAUAUUAUUAAAAUUCUUUUUCAAAUAAAGACAGUCUGUUGUUGUAGAGGAGGCACCGAUUCAUGCAAUUACACAGGACAUCACC